AUGUCUUACGAUGAGAGACAUGACCGCCCAUACAAUUCUCAUCUUUCCCUUGCCAACCCGGGCACUGGCAUCUCCCGCAAGGCGGCUUCUCAGGACCCCGUCACGAUCCGUCACGAUCUGUCAGAGACCCGGCAACCCACACUCUCUGACUCUUGCCAUGUCGCCCAAAGUCAUUCCUGGGAGCAAGACGUGCUGGGACACUACGAAGCUAGGGACAUGGACCUGGAUCUCAGCUGGAAUGCACCUUCCUGGAUGCCGGCCCUGCUUUUUGACAGGCCUCUGAACUCCCUGUCGAGUAUUGCAGGACGUCCACUCGUGCGUCCUGCACGCCGUUUGGUUGGAACCGUGGGAUCGGGACCGAUUGGGCUGAUAGGGGACCUGAUCGCAACACAACCACCUGAGCCCACGCAAGCCCGAGCCCGUCGGUCCGCAGCUACAGACACAGCUACGAAGCCCCGCGCCGCAAUCCAGAAACGACUUGUCAUCACUCCAAGGCCUGCACAAGAUGCAGCUCGCAACCUUAUGCUGAAUAUGGUCAUUAGAAUCGCCAUCACCUGCCAGUGCCAAAGUACCUCUUUGCUUUUCGACUCAUCGUCUCUUUCCCCUUUCCAACUGCGAUACCACCUCGAUCUUGAGCGAUACACACAUCAGGGGAUCGGGUUUCCCCCCAUGCAACGACAGGCAUUGCUGUGCCCAUUCGUCGCAAAAACGGGCUCAGCACCAGCCAAUACCACACCCCCGGUGUUAUCUCCGAGCAAGCCACAACCCGCGUGUCGUCUGCCUGCAUCUGAAUACUCCGUUCUUGGUCCCAAGAUCGAGGGUGGAACCUGCACAAAGUCAAGGUUCAAACAAGUUGCGAAAACGAAUAAAGAACCUGUAUGGUGUCUGAUUGAAGCAAGUAUGCCGAAAGCGGCUACCAUUACAUUUCCAAACUCCCCCUCCAGGCCCAAGCCCAAGCGCCAGUUGGGCCAGUACCCAGAUUGGCCCACCCAUCGAUUUUGA